AUGAACAAGAUAUUUUUUUCAAGAGUCGGACCUCACUCUCGGCGCGUUUCCACAUCAUGCUUGCAAUUUCACAAACGUAGAUUUUAUAGUGAUGGGAGAAGUAGGCUUUCGGCCUUCUGGACCCCAACGGGAGGAAUAGCCAAAAAACCCGGCAGUCAUGAUGCAAACUAUUUAUUGAUUCAGGGUGGCUUUCUCCGCCAGGCCUAUUCAGGGGUAUUUCAUAUGCUCCCUCUCGGGCUUCGGGUGCAGGAGAAACUCGAACGUCUGGUGGAUAAACACAUGCGCACGCUUGGGGCAUCGAAGCUAUCUCUAUCUUCUAUAUCGUCACAAGCCUUGUGGGAAAAAUCCGGUCGGCUGAAAAAAGAUUCAGAGUUCUUUAAAUUCCAAGAUAGAAAAGAGGCCCGGUUUCUUCUUGCUCCAACCCAUGAGGAAGAAAUUACUUCGCUUGUAGCAGGUGCCGUGAACUCUUAUAGGGACCUUCCAUUACGAGUGUACCAGAUCAGUAGGAAGUAUCGAGAUGAGCCAAGGCCGCGGCAGGGGUUACUUCGAGGUAGAGAGUUUAUCAUGAAGGAUCUUUAUACUUUUGACUACAGUCCCGAGACAGCAAUAAAAACUUAUAGUGCUGUCAAAAAGGCCUACAUACGACUUUUUGAUGAGCUUAGGAUACCUUACAUGAUCGCUACUGCAGACUCCGGCAACAUGGGAGGAAGUUUAAGUCAUGAGUUUCAUCUCCCAAAUCCCAAAGGCGAGGACACGAUUAUUAGCUGUUCUAGCUGUGGCAAUGUAUACAACGAAGAGCUUUCCGAUGGGAAAGCAUACGAAGACCUUACACCGCCUGCAAAUCCCAAUCUAGAUAAAUUAUCUGCUGGACUAGAGGAACAGCAAGCCCCAGCGAUCUCAACCGACAUGUGGAUGGGCAUCUCAAAGGAUGGAAAUACUCUCAUAAGGGUAUUCUAUCCGAAGUAUCUAAUAAAGGGCGGGGGCUCCGAGCCAGUGGAGCGACAUAUCAAUUCCCAUGCUGUGAGAACAAUUGCUCGCUCAGCAGGGGUAGAUCUCGACACAAGCGUCACCAGUCCAAUGACAAAAUGGCAAGCUAUCACCAAAGAAGGCAAACAAGCGUCUACAGCUCAAUUAAAUGAGCCUACCAUUUUGGAUAUUUAUGACCACCGUGUGCGUGUUUACGAUCGCCCUCCACUCCCCGCUGGGCACAGCAAGGAGGUUUUAGAACAACUGAAGGUACGAUUCUCAUCGUUGCACCAUCACCCUGGUACCGAUAAAAAACUCGACUGCAUUAGCGCUGUGGCUGGAGACCGAUGUUCCAAGUGCGGUGAACAUACGGUCCAAACCCACACUGCCAUUGAACUGGCACAUACCUUCCAUCUGGGGACCCGAUAUAGCAAAGUGUUGAACGCUUCCGUGGCUGUACCUUUAACGUUGUUGAAGGAUGGCUCGAAAACGGACGAUACCAGUACUCUUUCGGUUCCGCUUGAAAUGGGAUGUCACGGAAUUGGUGUUUCACGGAUGAUAUCUGCGGUUGCAGACACUCUGGCCGAUUCCAAAGGGCUUAACUGGCCGAGAGCAAUUGCUCCUUUCGAGGUCAUAAUCAUCCCGGAUAAAGGACUGGAAGGGGAAGCUGAAAGGGUUUACGACGAUAUAAAUGGAAGGCAAAUCGGUGCCGUUGAUGUGAUAGUUGAUGAUAGAGAUAGGAAUAUUCCGUGGAAGCUUAGAGACGCUGAUUUAAUAGGAUAUCCUGUAAUAAUCGUCAUCGGGAAAUCGUGGAAGACGGAGAACAAACUGGAAGUCCAGUGCCGACGCCUAAACAAUCUCCGGGAGACGGUAUCGCUGCAAGAUUUGCAUCCGUUUACUAAAUCACUGCUUGAUAGACUCUAG